AAAAUCUAACCUAAAAAAGAAGCAGCUGACAAGCCAGGGCGUUUGUUGUCCUAUAUAGCUUGGCAAUAAUUUUUUUAAUUUCUAUGUCCAGUGAAGUCCUAUAAAGUGAAUAAAAAAAGAGCCAUAUUGCAUAAAAAUGGCCUAUUUAUCCCGCAGGGAAAUAGACGACCUAAAACCGUCGCUAGAGAAGUUAAUUUACAAAGUAUUGGGGGGCAGUGACUCUUCCGUACUGAGGGUCACCCUAGAUUGUUUAACGAACGGCUAUGAACGUCGCAGAAUCGCCGACAAAUUAGACUCUUAUAUAGAGAGCAAAAAGGCCAGCAGACUGGCCGAUAAAAUCCAGGAUCUGGUGGACGAUUUGGAGUCCUCUCGUAAGUCAAAGAAACGCUCUUAUGAUGACGACCGAGAGAGGGACUCCAAGAAAAGUAAGGGUGAUAGAGACAGAGACUCUUCAGAUAAAAGAGAUAGACACCUCACAGAUAAAGACGGUAUGGUGAGAAACGUGAAAAUGGAUCCCUUACCACCUCCCAGUAAAAACAAUGUCAGCUUGGCUAAUAUUAAAAUACCUCAGCCAAGCAUUUAUGGCAUACCCACGGGGCUCUUAAAUAAAGGGGAUGCGGAGAAGGCCAGGAAGAUCGCUCAGUUACAGGCCCAAAUAAAAAACAAACUAUCGACGGGCAUAUUGGGCAACGCGAUCCAAAUCCCCAUUGUACCGAAUAAGCCCCAGCCCCUAAUACUAGACGAAGAAGGCCGGACCAUCGACAAAUCAGGUAAAGCGAUUCAACUUACUCAUGUAGCACCCACACUAAAAGCCAAUUUAAGAGCCCUCAAACGGGAACAGUACAAAGACAAAAGUGAGAAAAGGGACGAGGACAGUUCGGAAACGAACUACCUGGAUCCUAGGAUCGGGUUGAAACCUGCAGUCCGUACAAAGCGGGCCCUCAGGUUUCAUGAACCCGGCAAGUUUCAACAGUUGGCCGAGAGGCUCAGGAUGAAGACCCAACUGGAGAAGCUUCAAAACGAGAUUUCCCAAAUUGCCAAGAAAACGGGCAUCUCGUCCGCCACCAAGUUGGCUCUGAUUGCCAAAGCGGAGGGCUCCAGCGAUGAUGUGGUCCCCGUCAUGGAAUGGUGGGACUCGGUCAUCUUGGAGGAUAACCUGGACACCUUAACGGCAGAUGGAAAGAUCGCCAUUAAGGAGGGUUCUAUUAACAGUUUGGUGGAGCACCCCACCCAAAUGAGGUGCCCCACGGAUCCAAUUAAACCGGUUUACAUGCCGGUGUUCCUAACCAAGAAGGAACGCAAGAAGCUGCGCAGACAGAACCGUCGCGAGAUGUGGAAGGAGGAACAGGAGAAGAUCCGGUUGGGCCUGGAACCCGCCCCCGAACCCAAAUUGCGGAUCUCGAACCUGAUGAGGGCGCUGGGCACCGAAGCGGUCCAGGACCCGACCAAGAUCGAGGCCCACGUCAGGGAACAGAUGGCGAAACGUCAAAAGGCGCACGAGGAGGCGAACGCGUCCCGCAAACUGACGGCGGGGCAGAAGCGCGACAAGAAAAUCAAGAAACUGAAGGAGGAAACGACGCUCGGGGUGCAGGUGGCGAUUUACCGGGUGCUGCACAUGCACGAGCUCGCGUCGAAGAAGUUCAAAGUGGAGACGAACGCGAGGCAACUCUACAUGACUGGGUGCGUCGUCCUGUAUCCGGACUGUUGCCUGAUCGUGGUGGAGGGGGGCCCCAAGCAACAGAAGAAGUACAAAAGGUUAAUGCUGAACCGCAUCCGAUGGGAGGAAGACACGGUGAAGGACCCGGACGGGAACGACGUGCCGAACAAGUGCGUGUUGGUGUGGGAGGGCGCCACCAAACAGCGAAACUUCGGCGAGAUGAAGUUCAAAGUGUGUCCGACCGAGCGGAUGGCGCGCGAACACUUUAAGAAACACAAAGUCGAACACUACUGGGAUCUGGCGUACAGCGGGGCGGUGUUGGAACAAUCUAGUGACCUGGUCGAUUAAGGGGGAGGGCGGAGUCGAUCGGCGAUUGUUUUUUAGUCUAGCUAUAUAGGGUCACUUGAUUAGCUUUUGUGAGGGAUGCCGACGUAUUAUGUUCAAAUAUAUUUUUAAAAUGUG